UGUGCCUCGUCUCGGUCAGGAUCCUAACACAGAGGUGGAUUUGGAACUGGAGUUCAAUGCUACCUCCACAGUACCUAUCCCCAAGGGCAGUGACAUUGUUGAUACAUUGAAAGAGGCUGUGACCAAUCCAAACUCUACCUUCAACUUCUCUGUGGAUCUGAACUCCAUCACUGUGAUAAGGACCCCAAGCACAGCCACAGAUGUCUCGACAAAUACAACAGCUACACCUGUUGCAACAUCAACAACAAAAGGAAUCACAACCACUACUUCCAUCUCAGUCGUACCUGGUUCUGGCAUCACAAUACCAACUGGAGAACCCGUCACUGUUCCUGUUACUGGUUCUACAACUACAACCACAUCUGUGGCCUCCUCAACUACUGUUUCAAGCACAGCACCAACAUUGGCUAUGACAACUACCAGCACAACUCCAACAACUACUUUUACUACUACGACAACAACUACCACAACGACUGCACAUCUUGCAGUGGUUACAUUACAAGUCACCAUACAAGAGGUUUUUGUACCAGCUUUGAGUAAUCCUCAAAGCACAGAAUUUCAUACACUUGCGGUAACCAUUACUUCAGUGUGUGACGUGAUCUAUCGAGCAAAAUAUGGGAUAUUUUUCAUCCGGACGAUUGUCAUUUCAUUCAUACCAGUGUUCCGUUCUCGUAUGGCAGCAGACACACAGGUGGUGCUGGAAGUGGUGUUCAAUGAGACCGCCAUUGCAACUAUCGUGAAUACAACUAUGCCCAAGGACAUUGACGUUAAAGAUACACUGAAAGAGGCUGUGACCAAUCCAAACUCUACCUUCAACCUCUCUGUGGUUCCAAACUCCAUCACUAUUAUCAGGGUCCCAAAUACAUCCACAGGUGCCACCACAAUUACAAUGGCUACUCCUGUCAUCACAACCAUUGUCCCAGCUGCUCCAACCACUACAACUGCUGCUGCCACCACAACCUCUGUGGCUACAAAUACACUCACUACAGUGUCUGUGGAGUUCACAUCCAAAGGAGAGACAUUUAUCUCCGACCUAUCAACCUCAUCCUCUCAGGCCUUUCAAACUCGAGCAUCACUGAUUAAAACACAGCUUGAACCUUUCUAUCGAUCAGCUUUCGCCUCUUUCAACAGUUUGACAGUAAUAAAAUUCAGAAAUGGAUCAAUCAUUAACACCAUGAAUUUAGACUUUAGCUCCUCCGCUGUGCCAAAUUCCAAGGAAAUUGGCACCGUGUUGAUAAAGGCUGCACAAAACAUCACAGCUUUCAACAUCAACCCCACGUCAGUUACUGUCAGUGGUGAAGUUGUGACCUCAAGUGGAAUAAGCAGCAAGACCAGUCUCUUCACUGCUUCCUGUCUGGUGGUGUUGUCGCUGCUGCUGUCAAGCUAGUCUCAGCAGCAAGCAGCAGUAUGAAAUAUCUUCACUUUGAAAAUGUCAUGUCCCCCACUCCCAUCAUAUGUAAUGGCAACCUAUUUAAUCAGUAUUUGUUAACCUAAGUUGAUUCUCAUUAUAGUUAUAGUUAUUAUACUCAUUAUUCAAAUUGAAAUAAACCAAUUCUAAACAA